AUGGACGCUUUGUUCACAACGCCGUUGUCUGAAUUAUCGACUGAGCCAUACCUCCCCGAGUGGUUACACUUUGCCUGUGACUACAUCAUCGCAAAUGGGUUGUGUAGCGAAGGUAUUUUUCGACUUUCUGUAGCUGGACAAAAAUUGAGUGAAUAUAAAGAAAGUGUCAUGAAAGGAUGCUUUGAGCCCCCAGACCACGACCCGUUGGUUGUGGCGAAUUUACUAAAGGUCUUUUUUAGACACCAAAAAGAACCAUUGCUCCUCACUGAAAAUUUUGAAGUCUUAAUUCAGUUGAUGGGGAGGUACGACGAGGACAAAGAGAGUGUGUUGAGUGACUUAAAAAGUCUUAUCACUCAAUUGCCAAAAGCUAAUCAAAUGGUCUUACACUACUUACUACACACCCUAAAUAUCAUUGCUUCAAAUAAUUAUAUCAACAUGAUGACUCCUCAUAAUUUGGGAGUUGUGUGGGGGCCUAAUUUGGUCUGGAGAAGUUGGUUGGAGGCGAGCGAAGUCGACACCGUUGCAAUAAUGUCUAUUGCAACUUUGUCGACAGAGAUCAAUAAAAUAGUGAGUGUGAUGAUCUCAGAGUAUGACGUGUUAUAUCCCGAACCUUUUAUCGACGUAUACCCGACUAAACAAAUACUCAGCAUACAAAAGAAAGUGCAAGCGUUUGGAGAAAGUCCAUUUAGUGGGUUGUGUUUAGCGAAACAAGAUAUCUACGAAGGAAGUCGAGUCAUUUCGGAGCAUUAUGUCGUCGGUGCGGAUCACAAUGGAGUGAUUUAUAUAUUCGAUCAAGUCACAGGGAAAAAUGUGAAGGAAAUAACAACCAAUUUGGAUAUUUUCUCAAUCAUUUCAGUCGAUAAAACUAUUUUACUUGCCACCGCGACUGGGCUUUAUCAGUACACCUUUGAGGGCGAACAGAAAAACAAAAUCGACGGAUUUUAUGUCCAAGUUUGUUACGAUAAUGAGGACACCGUUUUAGUCGUUUCUGAUAAUGAAAUUUCAGUGAUUGACAUGGAUGAGUUCACAAUUGAUUCUUCCAUUAAAGUGCCGUUGGGCAAUCCAAAGGAAAUUGUGACGUGUGUCCAUUUUUGUGGGAACACCGUCUUUUGUGGGACAAAUUAUUCCGAAAUUUUCGCAUUUUCACUGAGGACUAUGCAACUGACGUCGCAGCCAAUAGUCGCGUUCAACGAGAGAGGGAAAAUAUGUGGAAUCACAGACGCUGAAAACAAUUCGUGUGGCCUUUGUGUGUGUAUCGCACACGAGUGUGGAAAAGUCAUUUUCAUGCAACCAGAGACGUUCUCAAUUUUGGGAAACAUGUCUGUUAAUUUCAACGACUCGACGUCGACGAUUAACACGAUGUAUUGCAUGAAAGAUGUAGCCUUGUUGGCAUCGAGGUACGGGAAAAUUGGAAUCUACUCGUUAAAAACAACACGAAAAAUUGGAGAAAUAGAGAAAGGUAACAAAGAUGGGGUUCUUUGCAUCUUGAGUAAAAAUGAAACGGAAUAUUCACCAUAUAUCUGGACUGCUGCGUUUGAUGGGUCGAUUUCACAAUGGUACUACGAUGAGUCGCUUGUAAACUGA